GCAACUAUGACAACUAACCCAUUGCUACAAACAUUAUUUUAAAAUAUUCAACGUCAUCCAAUAGAAAAACUCUUAUAAGUAUUAGCACUAAAUAAGAAUUAAAAUAAACAUAUUCUUAAAAUGUUUUGGGGUCUAAGCGAAGCAUUAGAUUUAAUUGAUGAAUAUCUUCGCAUUAUAAAAAUUAAAAAUGGUCAUGGAGAAACUACUAACGAAGGCGAAGGGGGUAUUUUUAGUAAAGAAAAUAGCAACGAGGGACCUAUAAAUAUUCUACUCUUUGGCUCCAACGAUCCACGGCAUGUAAUCAAAACAAUGGCGAAACUCUAUUCACAUCGGUCGAAAGGCUUCAAUCCGCGUGUACAUUUUUACAUUGUGGAUGGAUGUAUGGAAAUAACGGCGCGAAACAUGGCAUUACUCGGAAUAGCUUUGGAAAAUCCCAACUUAAUAAAUCUACGAAGUAAAGUACAAUUAUUUAUGGACGUGUAUGGAAAUUCAAUGUUACGGUCUUUCUCAAAUCAAUACCUGGUGGCAAAAACGAAGUCGCUUUUAAAAAUGAUAACAGACAACGAAUACCUUCAUAAAUUAGCACCAUUCUUGAGCAUCGAAGGAUUGAAAUAUCGCGAGCGUGACGGUCUGCAAACUGCACUGCAUUUCUGGUUGCCGAAAUCUGAACAUAUUUUCAAUAUAAAACAAUAUUGGUGUGAUCGAGUCCGAAAAUUGUUGGGAUCGCGUUACGACUAUCGUAUUGGACAAUUCGAUUGGGAUCUUAAUAUUGUCUUAAAAGAAAGAGGUGCAUCUCAAGUCUGCUCGCAGGAAUAUAAACAUUGGCGCGAAACUGGCAUUGCAUUUACCUUUCCAGAAUUUGAAUACAAUAUGCCCAAUAAAACCCUAUCAGCUGGGCUGAUACCCAAUGGCGAAAAAUAUUUACAUCGCGGUUAUGUUGGUGACAUACAAACUGGUCCGUUCGUGACUUUUGGCCUAACAACGUCUGAUGAACGUAUGCUGAAACGGGUACAGGGAGAAAAUGACUACCGCUCAACUGACAUAACUGAGCGUAAUAUUUUGGAGUUAUUUCACGAAUUAACUUUUCAAACACCAUACGAACACGAUCUCUCACAUUCGCGUAAAUACGGAUGUGCUCGUCUUCAAAUGGGCAAAAUUCUUACUAAUGCAUGUAACGAUACAAUGUUAUCUCUAUCGGAUUAUGACAAGCCGUGGAUAAGAACAAGCGGAGUUCAAAUUAAUUUCCUGUCGACUGAUGAUAUUUUAGCAAUGCAAGAUAGCAAUUCUCGUUGGUCCGAUUUCUUUGACGUUGUAUUUGUAGCGCACAACUAUUUUUCGUUUCUGAAAGAAUCGUUCAUUAAUAUCAUGCAUCGGCCUUCUACACUGAUUAUGGAAACGAAGCUGAUGUCUACUGAAAAGAAGGAUUUUGUAAACAGUUUUGAUGAAAAAAUAUUCAGUUUUGCGAAGAAGGUAAAUUUGCAAUGUGUUAUAAACUACGAAACCCUUAAUACUACGCGUACUCUGUUGAAAUUUAAAAAAUUGUACUAAUUUCACCUUUUAUUCACGACACCCUUUGAUGCUUCAUAGAUAAUACUCAAUAAUCUGGAGCUAAUGUUCAUAGAUGAAUAUUUAAUUUCAAGAAAGGAAUUUAAUAUUGAUAUAUAAAAAAAUAAUAUUGGUAGUGGUGUAAACAAAAGCAAACUAAUAAAAACAGCUGGUAUCCACACAA